AGUCUUACCAGUCCCAGCAGUAGCAGCACCAGUCUUACCAGUCCCAGCAGUGUCAGCACCAGUCUUACCAGUCCCAGCAGUGUCAGCACCAGUCUUACCAGUUCCAGCAGUGUCAGCACUAGUGUUACCAGUCCCAGCAGUAGCAGCACUAGUCCCAGCAGUGUCAGCACCAGUCCCAGCAGUGUCAGCACCAGUCUUACCAGUCCCAGCAGUGUCAGCACCAGUCUUACCAGUCCCAGCAGUAGCAGCACCAGUCUUACCAGUCCCAGCAGUAGCAGCACCAGUCUUACCAGUCCCAGCAGUGUCACACCAGUCACCAGUCCCAGCAGUGUCAGCACCAGUCUUACCAGUCCCAGCAGUGUCAGCACCAGUCUUACCAGUUCCAGCAGUGUCAGCACUAGUGUUACCAGUCCCAGCAGUAGCAGCACCAGUCCCAGCAGUGUCAGCACCGGUCCCAGCAGUGUCAGCAUCAGUCUUACCAGUCCCAGCAGUGUCAGCACCAGUCUUACCAGUCCCAGCAGUAGCAGCACCAGUCUUACCAGUCCCAGCAGUGUCAGCACCAGUCUUACCAGUCCCAGCAGUGUCAGCACCAGUCUUACCAGUUCCAGCAGUGUCAGCACUAGUGUUACCAGUCCCAGCAGUAGCAGCACUAGUCCCAGCAGUGUCAGCACCAGUCCCAGCAGUGUCAGCAUCAGUCUUACCAGUCCCAGCAGUGUCAGCACCAGUCUUACCAGUUCCAGCAGUGUCAGCACCAGUCUUACCAGUCCCAGCAGUGUCAGCACCAGUCUUACCAGUCCCAGCAGUGUCAGCACCAGUCUUACCAGUCCCAGCAGUGUCAGCACCAGUCUUACCAGUUCCAGCAGUGUCAGCACUAGUGUUACCAGUCCCAGCAGUAGCAGCACCAGUCCCAGCAGUGUCAGCACCAGUCCCAGCAGUGUCAGCAUCAGUCUUACCAGUCCCAGCAGUGUCAGCACCAGUCUUACCAGUCCCAGCAGUAGCAGCACCAGUCUUACCAGUCCCAGCAGUGUCAGCACCAGUCUUACCAGUCCCAGCAGUAGCAGCACCAGUCUUACCAGUCCCAGCAGUGUCACCACCAGUCUUACCAGUUCCAGCAGUGUCAGCACUAGUGUUACCAGUCCCAGCAGUAGCAGCACUAGUCCCAGCAGUGUCAGCACCAGUCCCAGC